CUGGCCGACCAAGUGGCUCACUACUAGUUGAUAUAUCGAGAUGGACGGGACACUGGCCCCAAGAAAUGGAUCCAUGAACUCAGAUGGAAAGUCUGAGGAAGAAAAUAUAGAACUCACUCUCAAAAUCCUUUCAAUAGUCCGGCAACGAAUAUCCAGUCAUUCCAAGGACGACGAGGAUGAUAACCGGGCCAACCUGGUCUACUGGUUGGAAUUGAGAAAUACGGUUCCUUACGAAUUGCGACAAACUAUCUUACCCAGGCUGCAUGAAAGGAUACAGUCUGCAACAAUGAUGUUGAACGAAUUUGAUCCGACGACAAUCAAUCCAGACUGGUGGUACCGAAGAUUCUCGAUCAGGUUAAUGGAUAUCGCUGAGCUAGUGGAACAAAUCAAUUCAUCAAUACUGUCGAUAUGGACAACAUGCGAACCCGAGCAAGAAGCUCCACAUGAACUCCCCGAGGUGGAGCAUCUAACUCGAUCCAGAUGUACCAGAACUGAAUUUCUUGUUCAAUGCCUCAUAAAGUAUGAUCUAGACGAUCUCUUCGGUUCAUUCGAAGACCUUUUCAAUGGUUUGCGUCCGACGACCUCAUCUGGUAGCAGUCAAGACUCCGGCCAGAUCAUCGAAGGUAUAAACAGACGUAUGCCCCCGGUCGUUGACCGCAUCAAUUCUAUCACUCAAUGGCUUCAAGAACCUUUGGUGAACAUUGCAAAGGCAGACUGGACAAAUAUGGCCGACAUGUUUGAACACGGAUUGUUCUACUCUACAUACCGGACCAAAUUUGCAUCUGAAGCAAGCUUUUUACAAGCCUUCACAACAUUCCUCAAAUUCGCCCGGUUAUUGGUAACAAAACUCCCGCAAUCAGCCCCCAAUCAACCGUUAUUUUUUUUCGGACCAUUAAUGGACAUCGAAGAUGUUCGACUGAAAAUACUGAUGUAUUAUAGCGAUAAGAUUGGAAUUUGGAUGAGUACUAUGGGAUUCAAAAUCCAAAAUCCUCAUCAACCGAUCGAUUUUCGAGAGGUAGCGACUGUGUUGAUCCGUGUUAUUGGUGGCUACAGUCGGUUCUUGAUCAUAUUGGAAAGGUAUUGGGACUCAUUACUGGAAAGUGAUGCUCCACAAGUGGAUCCUAAUUUGAUUGUCAAUGCUCGUCAGUGGCUCAACUCUUGGACGCCCCUAUUUACACUCGCGGCUCGUAAAGUGAUGCAAGCUACCGGCCGGCUACACUUCCAUCAGUUUCAUUUCGAACUUCGAGAGGCUGAGCACGACGACUUUCUCAUGGAGGACUGAUUCUUGGUUCCAAGCAUCACUUGAUUCCAUUUUCUAACCUCUCACAGUUAACAACAGUGAACUUUGUCGCACUUGUUUACUUCUCUUCAUGGAUUUAAUUCUAAGUCACG